CACAGCACCGCUGACCUAAACGUUGUCUCACCACAACCGCUGUCCGCUAGCUAGUUUAGCAUCAGUCUGGAUCGAGAAGCUAACCUAAUAUCUUUCUAGUCUCUUUGGUUAUGUAUUUCGCUUGAAUUUACUGAAGUUACCAGUCGUCCAAGCGACUACAUUGAAGAUGCAGUUCAUGCUGUUAUUCAGCCGGCAGGGAAAGCUGCGGUUACAGAAAUGGUAUGUGCCUCUGUCUGACAAGGAGAGGAAGAAGAUCUCCAGAGACCUGGUCCAGACCAUACUGGCCAGGAAGCCCAAGAUGUGCAGCUUCUUGGAGUGGAGGGACCUCAAGAUUGUGUACAAGAGAUAUGCGAGCCUGUAUUUCUGCUGUGCAGUCGAGGAUCAGGAUAAUGAGCUGAUCACCCUGGAGAUCAUCCAUAGAUACGUGGAGCUGCUUGACAAAUAUUUUGGCAGUGUGUGCGAGUUGGAUAUUAUCUUCAACUUUGAGAAGGCCUACUUUAUUCUGGAUGAGUUCCUGCUGGGCGGAGAGGCCCAGGAGACGUCCAAGAAGAACGUGCUGAAAGCCAUCGAGCAAGCUGACCUGCUGCAGGAGGAGGCUGAGGCACCACGGAGCGUUUUAGAAGAAAUUGGGCUGACAUAAAUCAUCAUGCUGCUGCCUCGCAGUUCCUUCUUCCAGAUACCGAUCUGGCAACCUUCUUGUCUCUAUCCUGUGUCCUCAUGUUCACUGUCAGUGUUGUAUGUAUAUAAUCACCAUCUAUCUAUGUGCUGUAUUACUCUGUACUGUAUUAUCCAGUAAUGUCUUUAAAUGUGGUGCCAACUGUGGUUUUUAAUGUCUCCUAUGUACUAUCUUCUCACUGUAUUCUGCAGUACUAUUGUCAUACUUUACACCCCUAACUUACAGUACAAUGUAGCGACCACAUAAAAACUCCAGCAUCAUAAUAAGAUCUUCUAUCAUCACCGAUUGCAAAGGGGAGGGGGUGUUCUGUUUGGCUUAAAGUACUUUGGGUGCUGUCGUAGCUGCAGUCGGUGCUUCUUAUGAAUUACCAUCACACUCGAGUCACAAAGCUAAUCAUCCGAAUUCAUGAAAAAUAAAUACUGGCUGAUCUGUGAAAAACCCAGAGGGUAGUUUUAAUAAAACUAUUAUUCUAAAUAUUCUGUCCGCUGCACAAAAGAAAGGAUGUUUCACAAGGGCAAAAUAUUAUUGCAUUAUUUUGUUAAAUAUAUAAUACGGCAAUGAACCAUAAAUAUAUAACAAUAUAACUAAUAAUUAUGGUGUACAAAUUGAGCAAGAUUUGUCAUUUCUAACAAUCACUUUUGGAUUAUAAAGAGGCCCAACAUGGGAAAUAGGUUAAACAUCUUUUUUUUUUUUUUAAUCAUGCAGAGGAUGGAAUUCUUUUUUUAGCCAGAUGGUUAAAGGUUUAGAGGUUAGUCUUUGAGGACUCUAGUCUAGAAAUAUCUUCACAACAACAGUAACUGUUGCUAAAUGACCUGUUGACCAAUGAUCUAAGAAAAGAUCAUUGGGCAUUUCUUUUUUUUAAAGAAUCUGAAGGUCAGCUCUCCGACUCAAACGUAAUGGUAAUACAUGAGCGGCACCGACGGGGCUUGUGCUGUUGUGGGAAUCACUGACGCAGUUAUAGUCACACGGGUAAGUUCAAUCCACCAAUUAAGGGAAAUUAAACCAUUACCCAUUAUCAAUAUCCGUGCAUGUUAAGGUCUGUACGAGUAUGUGUUUCAAGAUUCCCCUCCACGAAUCAACCAUUUCAUUUUUCCUUUUCAAUGCUUAACUGAUUACCUUAGUUAAACAUGAGCAGUUGUUGCGUGUAAUUAGUCUGUUUGUUAAAAUUGUCAUCUUGUCUUUUUCUGACAAUGGAUUUAUUGUCCUGAUAAAAACAUGUUUAACAUUCAAUUUCAUAACGGCCUCUGGAGGUAAAUCUAAGGUCAGUCUCUCCCUUAGUCUUAGGUCAGGAAAGGAUAGCGACCCAAAUAAACUAUUUGAUGUAUUAUACUUUGGCUUAAAGACUAACAUAUGACCAAAGAACUGUGUUUUACCUUCUCAAUGGUGUCUAUGGAAAGCUAACCUGGCAGAAAAGGGAUUUAGAACUGCAGGAUGUUUGAUAGAAGAUGUAUGUGGGGGUUAUUUGGCCACAAUAUACCAGUGUUACGUAA